AUGUUCCCGAGGCUGCUAGCGACGUUUCUGUGUGUGCCGUUCGUACGUUCAGUACUGAUAGACGACCAGCCGUACUGCGCGGUAAGAUACCGCAGACUGUGCCAGGGUAAAGGGCACCAUGUCGCCUGCCAAUUUCCCAUCCCGGGCCCGGGCAACUCCUGUCGGAACUACACGCAGAUCAGAUUCACCAGCGAGCUGAAACAUUUCAUAGUGCACUACAUCAACAGGCGCCGUCAACGGAUAGCGUCAGGCAACGAAAGGGUUAGAGGCGGCGCCCAUUUGCCCCGGCCCGAAGUCAUGAUGAUGGUGGGUUGGGACCGCGAACUUGCACUUCUCGCACAAAGAUUAGCAGACCAGUGUCACUUUGUGCACGACGAUUGCCGAGCAACAGUCCGCUACCCGUACGCCGGGCAGACCGUCGGCGAGCCCAAGCAGCUGACGGCACCGUUCCGGCUCACGGCCAAGGGCACCGUGUGGGGCCACUUCAGCCAGAUCGCGGUGUGGACGCUGCAGGCGGUGGGCUGCGGCGCGGUGCGGCACGGAGCCGAACACCCGCGGCUCCUGCUCGUCUGCGACUUCUCGCACACGAACAUGCUUGGCCAGCGUACCCUGACCCCGGGCCCCCUCUCCCCCUGCCCCAUGCACACCGCCAGGCGGUCGAGGUCGCCGUACCCGCUGCUCUGCGGACCGGUGAGGCACCAUAUGGCCGAGCCCGAUGACAAGGGCGAAGGCAGCGAGGAGGCGCAGUACGACGACUAUGAGAAAGGCGACUCGGAGGCGUACGACGACAGUGCCGCGAUCAGCAGCGAGCAGCAAACGCCCGAGCCGCCCCCAUCGCUGAAGGCCGCCAAGCCGCCCAAGCAGGUGGCCAAGCAGGCGCCCAAGCAAGUGGCCAAGCAAGUGGCCAAACAAGUGGCCAAACAAGUGGCCAAGCCCCACCCGGACCAGUACGAGCGGCUAAUAGACAAGGAGGACUUCAGCCUGGAGCCGGACGAGGAGAGUCCGAUACAGGCGUUCAAAGCGCCUGAAAGGACCACGUCUGAGCGGCCGCCGGACCGCUUCGUCGAUAAACUGGAGCGAGAGCUCCUGGAGAACAAGGAGAACGCACCCAUCAAGAACAUGUUCGACUGGCGUUCCCGUUCCACCGCAGCGGUAACUUGGCGAAACGAGAAAGUGACGGUCGAAUACCCCACCACCACGAGGGUGCGCCGGUUUAGGACCACCACCGACGAGGACGACAGCGGCGGAGACGAGUAUUUCCACACGACCCGAGCCGAGGACAUGACCACACAGGAAUUCAUGGAGCGACAAAGAUGGAAGCCGACUAGAGACCGCCCUCAAAGGCCCGGGGCGAACGCGCUGCUAAGCAAGAUGCACGAGAAGCCCUCGAGAUCAACGGUCUCUUCGUUGAAGCUCGAUCUCGAAGACCAGGAUCAGCUGUUCCGGGACACGGGCUUCAAAGCGCAGUGGAGAAAAGAAAAUAAUAAAGAA